GCUGCUGUUGCUGCUCCCGCAGUUCUUCCACGAUGGGGUUGACUCUUAAUGAUGCCCAAGGCGACUGUGAAGCUUAUAGUAACCGGGGAUGACUUUGGCUACUGCCCAAGAAGAAACCAAGGCAUUGUGGAGUGUUUCCUUGCAGGCGCUGUUUCCAACGUGUCCCUUCUGGUCAAUGGCAGCGCUGUCUCCGACGCAGUACAACUGGCGAGGAGGUAUCACAUUCCGAUAGGACUUCAUGCCAACCUAUCCGAAGGCGUACCUGCUUGCCGCGCACUGAAAGAGAAAUCCUCGCUGCUCAACCAAGAAGGGUUCUUCCAUGGAAAGAUGGGAAUCAGGACGGUGUUAGCAGAAGGUCUCCUUAAGAUGUCUGAGGUGAAGCAGGAAUUGAUAGCCCAAGUGGAAUUGUUCCGCGAACUCACAGGCCACCUGCCUCAUCACAUGGAUGGACAUCAGCAUGUCCAUGUUCUUCCAGAGGUCAGACACGUCUUUGCACAGGUGUUAGAGGAAUAUGGAAUCAGACAUACUCGUGUCCCUAUAGAACCAGCUCUUCACCACUGCAGCUGGAUAAAUCCACACUUAAUGAACUUUUACCUGGGCGUGGAAAAGGAUUCACUGAAUACGGUGGAUGUUUUCACGAAGCACGGGAUAAGGUGGCCAGAUAUAUACAUAGGCUUGAGCACCAUGGGGAAAAAUAUGUCGGUCAGCAACAUCCUCAGAGCCAUUGAUAAUGCUACCACAGAUUUCCUGGCUAAGGCAGAGCCCUCCAUCCCUCCGAGUUCCCCCUCAAGCCCAGAUCAAGAAAUCAGAACUGUAACAAUUGAGCUGAUGACGCACCCAGGGUACCCCAGUGUUCCACCUGUCGGGGGCUGUGGCGAGGGACCAGAUGACUUCUCUCAGUCAUGGGAACGCUUACACGAGCUGGAGACGUUAAAGAACCCGGAGCUGCAGAGCCAUUACAAAACAAGGAACAUUCAGCUGUGUGCAUUUAAAGACUUUUAAACAUGU